AACAAGGACGUGGAGAGACAUGGGUGUCACUCCUUACAUAGUAGUGAGAAAUGCCCUAUAAAAGUAUACUGCUUUCACAGCGAGGGUUUUGUUGAUCGAUGAAGAGGGGCCAACGAUGUGGCUGCAUUGUGGAUUAGUUGCGUUUUUGGCUGCAGUGCUGCAACCCUCUGGUGUAGAUGUGGUUUCAAUAACUAAACGGCAGGCUGGGACGCCAUGGUGGCAGGGUUUUUACAACCUGAGAUCCAGUCCUUCUGGGGCGCGAAGCACUGAGGACAUCGAUGGAAAAGUUGACAAACUGAACAACGGUGACUAUGUCAGUGGCAGCAGCAACAAUAGCGACACCGCUGACUACGACAGCACUGAUGUUGACAACGCGAACAGCAGAAGCAACAGUGAUAUUGACAACGUGAACAGCAGAAACGACAGUGACGUUGAUAAGGUGCAGAGCAAAUACGACAGUGAUGUUGACAACAUGAACAGCAGAAACGACAGUCAUGUUGACAACAUGAACAGCAGAAACGAUACUGAUGUUGACAACGUAAACAGCAGAAACGACAGUGAUGUUGACAACGUAAACAGCAGAAACGAUACUGAUGUUGACAACGGGGACACCAACAAAAGCAGCAAAGAGAGUAUACGCCCUAAAAGUGUCAGGCGUAAAGGAAAAAGUUACAGGGGUAGUCGUAUCCUAAGGACGUCACGUGUCCUAAAGACAAACAGCGUAAGACAACGCGCAUCUGGCAACAGAAAGGUUCCAAAGGCAGGAUCUGUGUCCAGGACCACAGCACGGACCGUACGGAGGAAAGGAUAAACACGGGCGAAAACUGCCAACCAAACUGUCCUGCAAAGUUUGAACUUUGUAUAAAAUAGCUUUCAGAUAAAUGGACACAGUCGCCCCGUUUUUCUUUAUCGUAAAAUGUCAAUCAGUGGAUUGUCUGGUCCAGACUCGAUUAUUGACUGCCGUCAUACAGCUGGUAUUUUGCUGAGUGCUGCGUUAAACAAAAAAACAUCAUAUAUUGUAAAGCAUGAUGGGCGUUUCCCGGGAAUUUGUUUAUUUUCAUGUCAAUAAAUUCAGUGUAUAAUGUUCCUUUCUG